AUGAUCCGCUCGGCCUUCAUUGGGACGCUACAUUGCAGCGUCCCAACAUCUUCUUCGCCGUCCUCUCGCUGCCUCGGAUUUCUCUAUCCUCCCCUCAAGAUGUCCAGACGCUCAACUCGACUCAGCGGCGACCUCGCUUCACCAUCCCUCACCUCUGUCAAUGGCUUCCGCAGCAACACCUUUAGCACCGAGGCUGGAUCCUCCACAAACCCGCUUCACACCAAUGCUCAGGAAGCAAACGGAAGCGCAAUUCCAGACUUUUACGAAUGGACCACGCCUGCAUUGCAAGCGGAAGUCAAACGAUACGGAUUCAAAGUUUCACGCAAACGGUCGACAUUGAUCGAUCAGCUCAAGGCUGUCUAUGAAGCAUUGAAUCUGUCCAAGGUGGCCUUUGAAGCGCCAGCAUUGGACGAGCAAGCAACUGAGGCUGAGGCAGAAGGAUGCACUAGGGGACGACGAAAGCUUGUACUGCCGAAUGCUACUCAGGCGGAAGAUCCGGCGGCCAAGAAGGGGAAAGGCAAAGGCAGAAAGAGCGAUCCAUUCGUUCUCGACGCGAGUUCCGACUCUGACACGUCUCAGCUCUCAUCCGAGAACGACUCAGCCAACUCUGAGCAGCCAGGAGACUUGACAGCGCAACUCGAGCUAGAAGCAGCCUCCGCAACCGACGGCUCCACCUCCUCCUCGGACAUACCCCUCUCCACCUCAGCAUCACCCUCGAAACAACCCCGCGCUCGACCACGUUCUCCCUCCUCCGUCUCCUCAUCCUCCGACACACCACUAGCAUCGCAGAUAGAAGUCGCAGUAGAACCAACACCAGCAGUCGCACAAACAAUGACCUCCGCCAUACAAUCCAAUCCCACCCUCUGGACCAGGAUUCUUCGCUACGAACCCAUCAGCUUUGACGAAUUCGUCAGCAUAGCCACCCAGAACGGUCUCGAGAUGGACUCGGGAAAGAGGAAAGACGAGUUGCGAACGUGGCUGGACAGGCAGUGUAUCUGCUUCUACUCGAACGAUCUGACCGGUCCAAGGAGUCGACAUUGA